AUGGAUCUCUCCACUGCGGCUCACUCAGACCAGGCACAGAUCGAUUUGACCUCCGGGGUUACUCUUGCCUCUGACCUUGCCAAGCUUGUCAAUCUGAUUACGUCAAGAGCUGCUACUUUAAAUACUGGUAACGACUUUUUGUGGCUGAAGUUUAAUUCUGGAAGAGCUCAGGUUCUGACGGCUGUUGUCAAUAAGCAACUGGUAUCCCAGGGGCAUGAAGGGGAUAUUGAGACAGUGCCAACGCUCGAUGUGGGCAUUCUAUACGCCAAUUCAACACCGCAAAAAUUGUCACAAUAUUUUCUGCGGAAACGCUCACCAUCAGACCAGAACUAUGAAGCAGGGCACAAAGUCGACCAACUCUUACAGAGAUACCUGAGUUACGUUUCCACAUUCUUAGUCUCCAACCGAGUCAAUUGCGAGACUACGACAGGCAAGCAUAUUCUUGUCGCCGAUACCACUGAAUUCAUUGGAUCACACACUGUGAGUUCGCUCCUCCAGCGCCGCGAGGUCGCUCGGGUAACCUGCCUUGACCGCAAACCGACCGCGUCCAGAAGCAGGUCCCCAGAACUUGCAAUGAAUGGUAAUGCCGCUGUAUACGAGUACGUGGAAGCGGACCUUACAGAGUAUGCUCUAGGGCUACCUGAUUCUUCUCAUGCUGCGCUCCUCGGCAGUGUGACUGAUAUCCUGCGUUGCUAA